CAGAGGCCGUGUCCGGAUUGGAGAAUUUGCAGAGACUCGUGGACUUGUGGGAUCGGGCCCCGCGACAAAAAGAGUGCACACGACCGUUCGAUGCGCUUGGAUCUCGCGUUGACAUUUGCUUUCAGUGUCACACGUCUUGUCGCGGAGGGAGUCGAAGCAGGUGUGAUCAUUCUGUAAAGGUCGGCCAUUGAAUGGGUAUUGGGUAUUGUAUGGUAAUGUUGUUUAUGUUAGCUGUUUGCAAGACGACCAGAAAUUGCAGGAGGCAGGAGGCUGAAGAUUUCGCACAAAGCAUGGAACUUUGUAUGCGUGGUGCCAUAGUGGGUUUAGUGCCACAGGAAUUUCCGGCACAGCCGUCCACAAGAGCGGCCUGUAAAGGACAGCACACCACGCGCGCGCGGGUGAAGGAUGGUGCACAGUUUCGACAACACUUCGAAAGGGGUGUCGAAGAAAGAGCUCCAGGCCAGCAUGGGCGACUUGCGACAUCAGCAGCGCAAGAUCUAUACGUCCAAAGACCCACGCUUUGCGUCAUCAACUGGACAUGUGCUGCAGAGGUGUGCAAGGAUUUUGCAAGGAUUUUGCAAUUUACUCACGACAAGUUGAUCGACUUUGAAGGUCGGAGUUUUGACAAGCCAAGGUCAGCGCCGUCCUUCUCGUUUGGAAGCCGCUCGAUCAAUGAGCUCAACACGCUGGCAUGUAACCGAAGCUUCUUCUGUAAAAAUGGGACGCAUCGAUGUACUGACGGCGAGAUCCUCUUAGACCCACUGAGAAGGCGCGAUGACAAGAGUCAGGCGAAGCUUCGUGAUCAUGGGCGGCAAUGGAAAGCCGUGCCAGGGCCUGGGAGUUAUCGUGUUCCCAGGUUUCUGGGUGACAUUGACCAAGUUAGAGAGUUCUCCCUGGGGAAGAGCGCCUUUCCGUGGCACGCACCCAGCUGGUCCCUGGACGGCCAGUCGUUGAGGCCAGCGCUUUACCAUACAACUGGAGGAGUCAAUGGCUUCUAUCAACGUGAGGGCAACAUCCUGCGGCGUCCCAAGCCGAACAUCACUCCAGGGCCUGCACAUUAUUUCAAGGAUAGCCAUUGUGGCUUGUCCAUGUUCUGUGACUACUUCUGACCUCAAGGGCAUGAAGCUGUCUAAGAAGCCGUCAGUUGCUUCGAGAGGCCGGAUCAAAUCUUUGUAGCUCUUUGUACACUUGUUGUUGUGUUUGAUUUUCUGAGAUUGGAAACUGGCUUGCCAGAUGCUGUUUCCAAACCAAUCAUUUCCCAAUUCCGGCCAGUCUGCAGCGCUUGCAGGCUUGGGGGUUCAGCAUUUGAUGUUGGAAAGUGCAAUGAAAUGCAGCAAGUUGAGGUGACAAGGUUUGGAGACUUUCUUAAAAGCACACAAUUGUAAGUGAUGCUCAACACGGUUGAUGCUGCAACCCCUCACCGAAAUACCAUAAAGAAACAGAUGGGCAGAGAUGUUAUAUGAUUUUCGAGAAUUUGGCCAAGCCAAACACUAUAUACUUCGAUCUUGCAAAGCAAUAACGAACAUUUAUUUUAAUCAAUGACAUGAAUAAAAAUAAUUUCC